AUGUCUCAGGGCUUGUUCUGGGCAGUGAGCACCAAGCCACACGAAACCUGUGAAACACGACCAGAGACCACCAUUGAUAGUAUCGGCCGUGCUUCCUUCGUCUAUCCAGUGACGUUCACAACUACUGUGAUACUGAUAUCUUGCUGCCGCGCGACGACGCGACGAAGACAAACGAAGAGGUGGUGUGGCACGACCGACAUCAAUUGUUCAGGCGUUGUCUGUGAGUGUCUAUUUGGUCGGUCGGUGUCGGUAUUUGUGUAUGUUCAUGUAUGUCAGUGUAUGCUGGGUUCUUACGUUGAAUGA